CUUACUUAAUAGCAAGGUCGAGCAGUGGCGCGGCUACAUGACAUUUAAGAAACUGUACGCCACAGCAAUAGAGUAUUGCAUCAUGUAAAAACGUGGUUUAGUUGCUGACAUGCCUUAAAAAUGAGAGUACUGCAUCGUCUGGUGCUGCAUCUAAAGUCUGCAGCAACGCUAACCAGUUGUCUCAGUUUUAUAGCGUCAGUUAGGAUUUUAGCCUAGUUAAACUGCGUGCUCGCCCAGUAGGCACAGCUAGCUCACAGGAGCUAGCUAAAUUUCUUACUUGUCAGCAUGAGCUCCACUCCCAAUGACGGUAGCGUUACCGUUGCAGAGACAGGACUGUCCCGGAGUCCAGUUUCUGCUGUCACAUUAGCUGGACGUCUCCAACAAGUCUUCAUCCAUGUGAAAAUAGAAAACCUGAUUGCAGGACUCAGUGGGGGAGUAGUGUCAACACUGGCUCUUCAUCCACUAGACCUCGUAAAGAUCAGGUUUGCAGUAAGUGAUGGACUGGAAUUAAGACCUAAGUACAGUGGCAUAUUUAACUGUAUGAAGAGUGUCUGGCAUCAGGAGGGGCUGAGAGGUCUCUACCAAGGAGUGACCCCUAAUGUUUGGGGUGCUGGUGCAUCUUGGGGCCUCUACUUCUUCUUCUACAAUGCAAUCAAAGGGUACACGAAGGAAGGUCGUCAGACUGAAUUAAGUGCAGCAGAACACCUGGUGUCAGCGGCUGAGGCAGGAAUCCUUACACUGACAAUAACCAACCCAAUCUGGGUCACCAAGACCCGUUUGGUUCUGCAGUACAGUGCUGAUUCAACCAGCAAGCAGUACAAAGGAAUGGUUGACGCUCUGGUCAAGAUCUACCGCAACGAGGGAGUGGCAGGACUAUACAGGGGUUACGUUCCUGGUCUGUUUGGUACGUCUCACGGAGCGCUUCAGUUCAUGGCCUACGAAGAGCUCAAGAGAGACUACAACAAAUACAAGAAAGUGCCUUCAGAUGCAAAGCUGAAUGCAUUGGAGUACAUUGCAAUGGCAGCGCUGUCUAAAUUAUUCGCUGUGGCCACAACAUACCCAUACCAGGUGGUGCGAGCUCGCCUGCAAGACCAGCAUAAUAGUUACAGUGGAGUUAUUGAUGUCAUCAAACGGACGUGGAGGAACGAAGGCGUCGGUGGUUUCUACAAAGGUAUCAUCCCCAACCUGAUCCGCGUCACUCCUGCAUGCUGCAUCACCUUUGUAGUUUAUGAGAAUGUGUCUCGCUUCCUACUUGGGACAAAGUAAAUGACAAGGACAGCCUCACAGACUGACAUGUUGGUGCCAUGUGGAGAUACAAAGGAGACUGUGUUUACUGCUGCACUGUCAGUGCUCAGGAAGUGAGAGGCGUUCACUUCAGCACGUGUCAAACCAUUGAGUCAACAGGGUUUAGUUUCUCCUCUUCUAUUUGUUUAAGUUGUUUAUUGAUGAUCUGUCUCUGAUUUAAACGCACAGUUAAAACAUAGGGAAGGUUCCCCCUGUGGAGAUGAUGCUGCUGUAAUAAUGGCUUUUUAUCAACAAAUGGGAAUUGUAAGGAGGUUUUUGGAGCAUAUUUCAUAUUGUAAGUUUGGACAGUAGUUAUGUUUACACUGUUUUCUGACAGCAGAAAGAAAAAGCUUGAUUUUUUUUUGUUUGUUUUCUUCAGCAUCAAGAUCUCAGGUUUCUCAUUGCGUGUGUUUAUAAGUUUGUCUCUUAAAUGCUGUAAAAAAAAAAAACAUUAAUGGUUUUUAUUUUAAACACAUCAACACACUUAAAUUAUGCUCUUGAAACAAACCAAUAACUUCACUGGUUAAUAACAUUUUGUUUUAACAUUCAAACUGUGCUUUAUGUGCUUGAUACAUGUAAACACAUUAAAUG